AUGAUUGAUUCUCCUGUGAGCGGGCACGAAAGCAAGCGGUACGAUGUCAGCAAGACCGUUUACGAUGUGAGCCGCAUGUUGUUUGUCGAUGGCUGCACGCCACCACGGCCAAGCAGGAGACUUUUGGGCCUGUUUGACGCCACGUGGCAAGGUGUUGUCAAGGAGAGCGGAGAGUUCGAGAGGGGUAUUGACGGUAAGAUCGUCUGGUGCUGUAAAACACGCUUCAUGGUGAGGGGCAGGAUUGGGAAAUCGAAAUUGGCCGUGUAG